AAAGGAUUACCUACAGUGUGAGUCAUUGGUGUCUGACUUCUACCUUCAUGUCUUUUUUUUUCACAUAAGCAUUCAAGAGGAACCAAGCAGUUUCUCUGACAAGUUGCUGCAGCCCGUAAAUAUGUCACUUUUUAUCAACAUAAUCUUUUCAGCUAAUGAAUUUUAUCGCUCACAGCUCUACCUUUCACGGAACACCAAAACAUAAACAGUUCAGCCAGGUUCUUUGCCACUGUAUUCCUUUCCUCCAUUACCUCAUCAGAAUGGUCUUCAUUCGUGUUUCUAACAAUAUUCUUUUUACAGUGAUUUCUGUAUUCUGUAAGAAGAUAGGGGCUUUCUUUCCAACUUUACUCUUCCUUAAGAGAACACAGCAGAACUCUGCUGUAGCUUGGAUCUUGAGAGUGUCCCACAGAGUCUUUUGUGAUUUUUCUUGGGGGGUGGAGGGAGAUAGGGAAGGGUGGAGCCUUUAAGUGGGAAGGUCUAGUGAGAAAUCUUAAGGGUGUUCAGGGCCUGGUGUUGAAAGGGAUAAUGGGACCCAGGCCCACACAUUCCCUCUUUAUCCAGAUAUAACCAGUUUGCUCUAUCAGGCCCUCCCACUAUGAGGUACUGCUUACUCUGGCCCAAAUUACCAGGGCCAGUAAAUCACAGGUUGAAGCCUUCAAAAUUGUGAGCCAAAAAAAGACCUUUUCACUGUUGGAUGGGUGAUUGCUCCCUCAUUUUCCCAGCCUGUACCCAUUAUGUAGUCACUUCCACCUUUCUUGGUAUUUGUUAUAUCAGUACCCUACUACUUGGUACCAGUAUUCACUUUUGUAAGAUCAGGUUGCUGUAAUAGAAUAUUGCAGACUGGAUGACAGAAACUUAAUUCUCACGAUUCUGAAAGCUGUUGUGUCCUAAUACCAAGGGGAGAGCUGGUUUGAUGUCCAUAGAGAGCCCUUUUUGAGUACUCCUGACUGUUUUCUCUGUGUGUCCUCACAUGGGUAAGAUCAUUUUUUUUCUCCUGUCUCCUUAUAUAAGGGCACUAAAUUUUACUUACAAUGGAGUAGUGGCUAGGUUGUGUAUUAUUUUCUUUACCAGAUUAGAGAGGUGUGGCUUAGUCGUCAAACAUUCUGUUUGAAUCCUCAGAACACUACUGUAACUAUGAGCUUUUACUUGUGGCAAUCCCUAAAAGAAUACCAGUCCCCACUUCUUUAGAUGAAUGUAGAAGCAGUGGUGUAUCCAGACAGGCCUAGGUGAACCAGAAUGGUAACGGGAAGGAGAUAGUGUGGCUUAUACUGAUACCCCAGGUGUGGGUUGUGGGGAAGAAGGGGUGGCAGCUCUGAGCUUAACACAAAGUGGAGUUAGAGGAGGUAACAGGUGGAGGGGAAAGAGACGUGAGAAUUGAACAGGUAGACACAUAAGAACACAAAGACAGAGUGAUGUUGGGCUUUCUGUUACCAGAUAAAAGUAUAGGUAGCAAAGAUUAGGAACGGGGGAAAUAGAAGAAAACAAGAAAAAAGAGAAGGAAAGUAUACAUGGGGAAGGGCAGUAGGAAAGGGAAGGAAGUGUGAAGGAAGAUUGAAUACUGUCAUGACUCAGAUAUGACUGCAGAGAAGAGGAAGGGAGGGCAAAGAAGAACUACAAGGAGAAGGAGAGGGAGAGCACAAAAUUAAGCAUGCUGUAGACAUAUGAAUAGGAAGUCCAAGGCAACUUUGCAUGAAACUAAAGCUGGUUUUUUUCAGCUGUUGGCCUCAGCUGGCACUCGCAUUCUUCCAAGAGGAGUCUGGAAUCUCUGCUUCCUGUGUGCCAGUUGCUCUAGGUCGGAACCAGCCUUUGAAAAGGGAGAAGCCAAAAUGGAAAAGCGAUUAUCCUAUGACAGACGGACAACUCCGCAGCAAGAGGGAUGAGUUUUGGGACACUGCACCAGCUUUUGAAGGCCGCAAGGAGAUUUGGGAUGCUUUGAAGGCUGCUGCGCACGCCUUUGAGAGCAAUGAUCAUGAACUGGCACAGGCCAUCAUCGAUGGUGCAAGCAUCACACUACCGCAUGGUGCACUUACGGAGUGCUACGAUGAGCUGGGGAACAGGUACCAGCUGCCAGUCUAUUGCCUGGCACCACCAAUCAACAUGAUAGAGGAAAAGAGUGACAUAGAGACUCUGGAUAUUCCUGAGCCACCACCCAAUUCUGGAUAUGAAUCUCAGCUGCGUUUGCGCCUUUCCACAGGCAAAGACCUUAAGCUUGUGGUACGCAGCACAGACACAGUAUACCACAUGAAGAGACGGUUACAUGCAACUGAAGGAGUGGAGCCAGGCAGUCAGCGGUGGUUCUUCUCUGGUAGACCUCUCACUGACAAAAUGAAGCUAGAAGAGCUGAAGAUUCCAAAGGACUAUGUCGUACAGGUUAUAGUAAGCCAGCCUUUGCAAAACCCAACACCAGUUGAGAACUGAAUUGAUGCUGUUGGCCGGUGUCCAGGUCCCUCCACUCCUUUUAUUCUUGUCACUUCCUACUCUAUGGCGUGAAACUUAUUUUCACUCCUCUGAAUUCCCUAUGAAUGGAUUUAGUUCUGAGGAAUUAUGAGUGAAAAAUUCCAUCUGUGAUGGAGACCAACAAAAAUAAUAAAACACAAAGAGCCAGCCUUUCAGACUCAUGUAAUUGCAGCCUCUAAUUUGAGAGACAGGAAGUAGAUAAAACCAUUUGUUUUAAAACACUCAACCACUGUAAAAUGCCUGUAUUCAAAUGGUUUGGACUGUAAAUGGAACAUUGCCCAUGAAGAGCAGCACCAAACACCUUUUGAAUGCAGUGUUUAAAAAAGAGAAUCAAAUUACACAAUUUUAAGAAGCCAAUAGUUACCAACUAAAGCUUUUAAAAAUGGAAUCUAGGAAGAGCUAUGUGUGAGUCUGGCUUCUGUUCUGAGUUUUGAUCUCAGUAGAGCUUGGCGACCUGUGUGUCAGUGUUUCUUUGCUCACCUCCACAUGUUGAGCUCCUUGUUUACAGUCACACUAAAUUUUGGUGCCUUCCAGCACCCUUCUGGCACACUAGGAAGUAAUGGAGCUGACAGUACAUCAUUUCUGGUUUUAAAUUGACAGUCAUUUGAAAUGUCCUUUUUCCUCUUGCUGCAUAGUUAUUUGGAGCACAGCAACCCAGACUGAGAAGGCCACUACUCCCAAUGCCUUCACUGUCUGUGUACUCUGCUUGGACAUUCCACAGCUAACACUGACCCCACAACGCACAGUUCUGAGCCAGGGGAUGCAGGAAUCAGUAAUGGCUGUUCCCAUUGCAGGAUCAGACAGUGAUUCUUCUGCCUCAUUUUGCAGGAGUGUAAGGAAAACCAUUCUGUGUGGACCAGAAAAACAUUCUGUAUUUUAGAGAGAAUUUUACCUCAAAAUUUUCAAGUAUGGGCCGGGCACCAGUGGCUCACACCUAUAAUCCUCACUACUCAGGAGGCUGAGAUCUGAGGAUCAUAGUUCAAAGUCGGCCCAUGCAGGAAAAUCCAUGAGACCGCCAGAAAACCCUAAGUGGCUCCGGCUCAAGUGGUAGAGCACUCACCUUGAGCUGAAGAGCUGAGGGACAGCACCCAUGCCCAGAGUUCAGGCCCCAUGACCAACCAAAAAAAAAAGAAGUCAAGUAUGAAAGGUUGAUUGGUGUCACCUAAACAUUGGCAGUGCUGAUACAUGUUAGUCAUGUCCACGUCAUGUCCAGUCAGAUGGCACUCUUCCUCAUCUUUUCCAUCAAAGAGGCAAAUUAAGGACCAUCUGCAGAGUAGCUUAGAGGCCUAAAAGGUACAGCAGGAUGAACUGAUUCUUGGUAGUAUGACUGCCUGUAAAGCUGCCAGAGGUUCUGUUUUACUAUGAGAAGAGAGUAAUAACACUUUACUACCUAGGACCCUGAGAAUCUCAGAUGGAAAAGUAGAGGGAAGAAGGCACUGCACGAUUCUCAGUGGGAAAAUAUUAAACCUCCACAUCUAUUUGAACAUAAAACUGCUGAUUAGUCUAAAUAUAUAAUGUUAAAAUGGCAUUAAAUUUCCUAUAUUCUGAUUCAAUGUAUCUGUAAUUGCAGUUUUUCAGGUCAGAGAGCUUUUACCUGCUUCCCUAUUCUGUUCCAUUGUUUUAAAGACUGUGGCUUCAUCUAAUUAGAUUUGUUGAUAAUCAAGUGUAACUUCAAAACAAGAGGCUGGAGAUGUAGCUCAGUGGUAGAGCACCUAAUAGCAAUGUACAAGGCCCUGGGUUCACUCCCAAGCACCACCAAAAAAAAGUAAAUAAAUUCAGGCAAAGAUAGCAUUAAUUCCAAAGGAGAGUUUUUCUAUUUAGAGGUGCAGGUACAAGGGUAUUUCAAUAUAUUGCCCUGUUAUCAAAAGGGUUUUGUUCAUUUGUGUGCCACACUUUCAAAGAUCAUCAACUAGAAGAAAAACUGUUCUGUUUUUUUCUUCGGGAAGAAUGGUUAUGCCAACAAUAAUCCACUGGUUGGUAGAAGGUCUUGUUUGUUGAGGACUUGCCCUCUCUUUAAGAGCUUUUUAUUUUAAAAGAACAUAGGCUUUGAAUAACAGUUUUCUGGGCAUGUUUAACCUGGAUGAGAAAACCAUGGUGCUGUUUUAAUUGUCAAUAGGUCGAUGUAAGAUUGGACCAAUACUUGAUGUGUAUAAUUUUAGUAUGUAGGGUUUUUGUGCUUUUUAAAAAAAAAUGUUCAAUUUU